UAUCACAUCGCCUUCCACGGCUUCCUGUGAUUUUGUCACCGGUUUAGAGCAUGAAGUGACUUCCUGUGUAGGUUUAGGGUUUUUGAAACAUUAAGCUAAAGAUCACAGCUCAUCUGUGAAGACUGACACCCACACUGACUAAUGGACAUCGAUACGGUUUACGAAAAUGUUGGACAACCAGAAACAUUUGGACAAAAACACAGGCAGACAGAAACAAAAGCUAAACACUGCAGAGGAAGUAGAUGUUUGGUGUUGAUCACAGCGAGUCUCGGGAUCAUUUGUGUUCUUCUGCUGGUCUUCAUCGUUCUGCUGAACAUCUCCAUCACAGCAGAGAGAGACCUGAUAAAGAGUUACAAGAACACGGCUGAAGAGCUCAAUCAAACCAUCAACGUCUUGCAGGACAAUAACGCUGCUCUGCUCCAGAGGAAAGGUUGGUUUUUCAUGUCCACCGAGGCGAUGAACUGGUCUGACAGCAGACAGUACUGCAGGGAUCGUGGAGCUGAUCUGAUCAUCAUCAACACCGAAGAGAAGCAGUGUGUGGAUCGGUUUGUCCGACAGCGAGAAGGAGGGCACCAUGAAAUGGGUGGAUAACUCUCCACUGAAACGAGGGUUUUGGAUCGAGGGUGAGCCAAACAACCUCGGAGGAGACGAAGACUGCGUCGCUCUAUACCCCUGGGAUCCUCUGAGCAGCUGGAACGACCUGUCCUGCUCGAGCACGGAAAAAUGCAUUUGCGAGAAAUAGGGCUCGUCUAGUCAUCUAGUCGUGCUGCUUCCUGUGUUGUCUCGUGGAAUCGAAUGUGUCCUUUCUGACCAUGUCCUUAUUUCAGCUGCUGUCGUGAAUCUGGUUUGUUGGUCUGAAGAGUUGCUCGUCUCAUAUCUCAUUAACUGUCUGGGAAACUGCUUUUGAUCCGCGUCGCUUCCCUUUUUAAUAAAACUGUUGACUUGCGGUCUUUGCACAGCA